AAAUUUGCGUCUUUGUGAAAAUUGGGGUUUUCCAAGAUUUCAGCUCCUUGAUUUCUUAUUUGUCUGUUGAAUUUUUCUUGAAAUUGAGCUGGAUUACUCGGAAAUUCCUGAUUGGAGCUAUCAAUUCGAUUCAAUGGUGGGAAGAAAUUAGGAUUCUGGUUGUGUAUUUGAUGGUUUUGGGGUGGAAUCGAAAAUUAGAAUUUUGAAGGAGAAUUUGGGGGGAGGGAUCGAGUCAUGUUCUAUGGUGCGGUGGCGUGGGAUCCAUGGCUAAUAGUGGCGCAAAUCGUCUGCCUUCAAUGUCUGUACUACAUCACUCUGGGGUCGUUAAUGUCGAUUCUUGUUGGACCGCGGGUGUCGCGGAUGAGUUUGGCGUAUUUCUUUGAUUUCGCUACGGUAACUGCCUCGACAGUUACUGGCUGGUGCAUUAUCGCCUCCUUUUUCCUCAGCUCGAUCGUCGGCAGAGCUGGAUUUUUGGUGUACUUAGUUGAAAGGGCUAAAAAAUGUUUGGAUUUUUCUGCGACGGUUUACAUCAUCCACCUCUUCAUUUGCUUCGUCUACGGAGGUUGGCCGUCAUCAAUAACAUGGUGGGUUGUGAACAUUUCCUGUUUAGCAGUGAUGGCAUUAUUGGGUGAAUAUCUGUGCAUGAGACGUGAAUUACGAGAAAUUCCUAUUGGAAGAUUUCGAUCAAAUGUGUGAUGAUCCGAAACUUAAUCUGGCACUCUCCCGGAGCCGAAAACCGUGAUCUUGACGACUGCAGAAUGCACACAUUGCUCAGAUGAGUCAAUCUUUCCUUUAAAGUUCUUCAAAAGAAUUUAGGGAUUUCUGUAUUUGCC